AUGAUCCUGCCGCGGAAGACGCCUCUAUUCCUGACAUUUCUUUUAUUCCCCUACAUCUCAUACGCGAGGGCUGUUUCGUUGUCAGACUUCCAAUCUAUCUCGUCAUUUUCGGCGACUUGCACGGCUGUCUGGAUCGCCUCGAUCCCUGGCUGCUCUACAGAAGAUUUCAAGAAAGGGCACUCAUGCUCGUCGCAGUGUAUAGCAGGAUUGCAGACGAUUAACGUGGUGGUGAACAAGGCAUGCGAAGGAUCGCAGGCGGGGAAAGAUACCUUGAUAGGCCUCUUCUUUCAGGGACUCGGAGUGUCGACGCUCUGUCCGGACUCCAACUCAGAUUCCUCGAGCCAAAGUACCAGUGAACCCGAGACAGCUGAGACUACUUCGAUGGAAGAAACGACAACUAGCCAAAGUGAAGCCCCUACUACGUCCGACCAAGCGAGCACUACGCGGACAUCUACUUCGCAGCUCCCGCAGACUACUGCAGCGGCAACCACAACCUCGAGCACAACGGCAGAGGCAACCUCUGCAAUAUCAACAGCACCUUCGACACUCAGCUCUAGUGUCACCAGUGCCGCAGAGACAGCAAUCACUACGGCUGCCGUGAAACCUCCAAGCCCGGCAUCUUCUGUCUCCUCCUCGUCCUCGUCUUCAUCUUCGACGAAUUCGAUACCCCCUGAAGCUACCAGAGGAUUCGGAGGAUCCGGGAAUGCAUUCGAUAUUCUUGCAGGCGAAGGUUCCCGUACUGAAAGACGAUCCCGGAAAAUGGCAGGGAUCGUUUUCGCUGCAGCUUGGGUGGCAGGAAAUGCAUGGCAGUAA